AUGGUUAAAUCUAUUAUUGCUCCAAGUAUUCUAGCUUCUGAUUUUUCAAAUCUAGGCUGUGACUGUCAUCGUGUUAUCAAUGCAGGUGCAGACUGGUUACAUAUUGAUGUCAUGGACGGACAUUUUGUUCCAAAUAUCACUCUUGGUCAACCAAUUGUAGAAUCUCUAAGAAAAGCAGUCCCAAGACCAGGUGAUGUGUCUGAUAAACCAAAAGCGUUCUUUGAUUGCCACAUGAUGGUCUCAAACCCAGAACAAUGGGUCGAAGAUUUCGCCAAGUGCGGGGCUGAUCAAUUCACUUUCCAUUACGAAUCUACAAAGGAUCCUCUGGCUCUAGUCAAAUUAAUCAAAUCCCAUGGUAUAAGGGCAGCCUGUGCCAUCAAACCAGGUACUCCAGUCGACGUCUUAUUCGAACUAGGUAAAUAUCUGGAUAUGGCAUUAGUAAUGACUGUUGAACCAGGUUUUGGUGGUCAAAAGUUCAUGCCAGAUAUGAUGCCAAAGGUUGCCAAAUUAAGAGAACUAUUCCCACAACUGGACAUUCAAGUCGACGGUGGUUUAGGUAAGGAGACGAUCCCAAUGGCUGCCAAUGCAGGUGCUAAUGUUAUCGUUGCAGGUACUAGUGUGUUUAAAGCAUCCGAUCCUGUUGAUGUCAUUAGCUUUAUGAGAGAAAAAGUCAAUGAUAACUUAAAAUCAAAAAAUCUUCUUGAUUAA